AUGCCCACAUCCGCACCCCCCACCAAAACAAGGUACCUAAUCCACACCACGCACCACCCGCGCCCCUACUACACGCGCCUGCUCUUCCUCGCCAACGACUUCUCUACCUGGGGCUUCCGCGUCGAAUGCCAUCCCCAAGGCUCGCCGUACAUACUCGAGACGCGGCGGCGGGAGCACAGGGCGGCAGCGAAGGGCGAUGUGCGGCCGGGUCUGCUUGCGAUUUGGGCGCUCGAGGUGCGCAGGAGGGGCGUUGAGGGCGAGGCUGAGGAAGAGCGGAGUGCGAGCGGGAUGAAGGAGCGGCAGAUUAGGGUGUCGAGGCUUUUUCGCGAUUUUGUGAGGGGGGUUGCGGAGUUUGGUGAGUAUAGUAGCGCUGCUUGGCCAUGUCGACGGAUGGGAUUGAAUACGUGGCUGGGAGACAGGCCGGCUGAUAGCACGAGAAAGAUCCUCGCGAUCCCCACGAGCCUAUAGACCUCCUCCUCACACACGCGGACAUCUGGAGCAAAGCGACCGCAGAUAUCUGGAGCGUAACACCCAAAAAAAUCGACCUCGUAACGCUCUACACGCGGCUGCUCGACUACCUGCGCUACUCGUCCAACGUGCGCUUACCAGGGUGGGCGGACCCGGACAUAACGCGCGCGGACUGCCUAACGUUCGAGUUCCGGUGGCAUGAGAAAUUCGUCAAGCAGCAUGUUGUGGCGGCCGUGAACAAGGCGGUGAAUGCGUGUCCGGGGCGGAUGGGCCGGGUGCAAAAGGUGAGUACGACUGGAUUUAUCAAGGUGGAGCUUUGGGUGAAGGUGGAG